AGUCACACAAGGAUGUAAUAACAUUGCACAGACAAACCACGACAUCUGGAAUAGAUUGAAACAGGAACUAGGCAGCGAUAUGGUGGUCAUUUACCUGUUAAACACGCUGUGUCGAAUCCUUAUGGUGAUGACAUGUUUCAGCAAUGCUGAUAGAUAUAAUCUGACUUGGAAGGUGGCUAAGAAAGUAUGGAAGUACGGUGAGGACUUAUCCCUUUACUGCCAAGUAGAAAACUGCUGUCUGGAUUCGUCUGGGUGGAUAAAAUGGACAUCCAAAAAUGAAUUUUCUACUAUAUUUAUUGAUGUAAAAGAUCUUACUGUUGCUGGAAGCUCUAAAUAUAAUGGUAAAAUAAAUGAAAACGGAUUUUUCUUAGUUCUGCGCAAUAUUACAAGAGAGGACUUUAAUGUGUAUUAUUCAUGUACGUACGGAUUUCAUGUGAGCAAGAAAAAGAUUCUGCUAGAGACUGAUGCAUUUUUCGCCAAAACACAGAUUGAUAAUGGGGUUAGCAGCGAAGACAAAGAAUUUCGAAUAUCUUUGCCAUGGGUAGCAUUUGCAUUAUGUAUAUUUUGGUUAGUUCCAGUGGUGAUUAUAGUUGUUGUUUGCAAAAAACAAAAAAGGGAUGCCAUUAAUAAAGAAUCGACACAUCGUAAAGAUGCUUCACAAUUACAACAUUCUUACACUGACCAGCCUCUCGGCAAUUCAAAGCCGGAAAUUCUAAUCCUUCGUCAGACGAACGCAGGUGAAUAUAUUGAACAAUUGCAAUCUCCUGGUGGUUAUAGCAUGUGGCCUAACAAUGGACUCAGGUUUGCAGAUUUGAAAAUGUUAUCAGAAGCGGGAUCAGAAACAGAGGAACCACCAGAUUUUCGUCCAAGUCUUCAAGAGUUAAACUUACGGAAAGUGAUAAAACUUCAAGACUGA